AUGGGGAAGCGAUUGGCAGAGGACUUCAUUCUCAUGUCUCAUCUGGCAGACAAAUGCGGUCUGCAAGAGGAGACGAGCAGGUCUUUUGCGUCCUCUUCAGUCACGCGAUCACACGUAACACAAGAAUUGGGGCUGUCGGCAAACAGAGACAGGGCCGACCUUCCUCUGGCCUUGGUCGCGUUGAUCUCACAGUCCUUGCCUUGGACAGUCAAGCUAAUUUCUGGAGGCGAACCUCAUUCUAUGCAUCACGCACUCUUCGUCUACUGCCGCAGUCGCAGCGUUUUGCAUGUCCAUACAUCGGCAACAAUUCAGCAGAAACUAAAUGCGUGCCAUGAGAACACAUCCGAAAAACCUGGUAGUAAUCCAACUGACGUGGCGAAGACCAGAGCCGACGCUGGACAACCGAGCCGCAUCGACGAGAAAGCCGUUGACCCCGAAGAUCGCUCCGACAGGGCCGGCGCGGCCUCUCCCGACCCAGAGCCGCACCCAUCGCGGACGAUGACCGUGCGGCGGAUACUUGGGAUGUACGAUGGGCUCCUCACCCGGCCUCGAGAUGCCGGCGGACGACGCGGGCGAUUCCGUAGGGUCGUCGUCGAGUCGACGCGCGCUGUUGUACGGUGCGUUACCUCUUCGAGUGGUAACGCCCGCCCGUCUCGGAGGGAUGGCUCGACACCGCCGGCUCCUGCUCGAACAUUCGUGUUUUCGAGGAGCGAAGAAUGGGUUCGAGAGGCGCCUGUCCUCGCCUGGCGAUCGUCGAACUGA